AUCGAGGCGGGGCGCAAGAACACAAUCUCCUCGCCCAUUGCCAACAGACUGGCCGCCAUGGUCCGCAUAGAAGAACUCCCUGAUGAUUUCGAAGAAUCCCUCGAUCUCAAUAAACCCCACGCUCCGGGACCUACACUGGGCGCGCAGGCUAUCCUCAACGAAACACCCUUCGGCAUCAAGGAAAAUGCCUCCGUACAGGACCCAACCGCCCCUCCCAUGCCGCCUGGCAUGGCCUCGGUCAAGUCGCAUACAGCAGAAGAAAUAUUUGACAUGAUGAACAAGACCCCGCUGUUCAUGACUGAUCUUUCGAAAGCAACGGAUGGAGAUGAGGAAAAUAUUGGUCUUGAAGCCAUGCGGGCUUUGCAAUAUGAAGGGACACGAGCGGAAGUGGCUCAGGGAUUUCGGGAAUCGGGAAACGAGGUCACGAGGCAGAAGAAAUGGGCGGAUGGGAAAGAAUUCUACACCAAGGCUAUUGCGGUGCUUACAGGCGAUAAUAAAUGGGAGGAGAGCUCGGACCCUGAAGGGGAUCGUAUAAAGGAACGCGAAAUCGCGGAAGCUUGCUAUACGAAUCGCGCAUUGUGUAAUCUGGAAUUGAAAAACUACAGGUCAACCACUCUGGACUGCGCUUCGGCGCUGAAACUCAACCCAAAAAAUGUCAAGGCCUACUACCGAUCCACCUGUGCCCUCUUCGCACUCGACAAAAUCCCCCAAGCAGAAGAUACAUGCGCAAGGGGGCUAGCCUUAGACCCGCCCAACAAACCAUUGCAAACCAUGUCCGCCAAAAUAUCCGCGCGCAAAUCCGCCCUCGAGGAAAUCGCCGCCAAGCGACGUGCCGAAGAGGAACGCGCCCGCAAGGAGAAACUGCUCCUUAACUCCGCGCUGCGGGCUCGUGAAAUCAGAGUCCGGAACUCCGACCAGCCACCCGAACUUGAAGAUGCCGUUAUACACCUGUCCCCUGACCCGCUCUCACCCAAAAGCACCCUCUUCUUCCCCACCGUCUUCCUAUACCCCAUGGAAGCACAGUCGGAUUUCGUCAAAGCGUUUGCUGAAACAGAGACGAUUAGCGACCAGCUAAGGUAUAUAUUCCCCUUGCCGUGGGAUUCACGGCAGGAGUACAAGCUUGAGUCUGUGGAAUGCUUUAUGGAGACAGUGGCUGGGGGGCUUAUUAAAGUUGGGAAGAAAAUGCCGUUGUUGAAGAUAUUGGCGGGCGGGAAGGUGGAGGUUGUGGACGGGCUGGUUAAGAUCAAUAUUGUGCCGACGGGCAAGUCAAAACAGUGGAUUGAGGAGAUGAAGGCGAGGAAGGGGGCUUGAUUUUGGCAUAUUUGGAGAUUCCGUGCGGCCCUCGUUUUGUGUACUCCGCUUGGAGACGGAAUCAGACUAAAUAAUACCGGGUCAUGUGUUUCCCUACAUUUGGUUGUGGCCUCCUUUGGUUGUUUUUUUCUCAACCCCAUCUUCUUGACUCCGGAUUGGCCCCGACAACGAAAUGGAAGAGAGAACUCGCAUCUCUCGGGAAAUCUGGCGACAAGGAUGAAUGAUUUAAGAUGCAGGAACGUACGGAUGUACUGUGAUCCUUGAUAUGAGUGUCUGAUUCCUAAUCACUUGGCAACUGAUGGUUGCGGGAGAAGAUCCAUUUCAAGAUAUGUGGCUUUCAAAAAUACCCCAUAUUUGGCAAUAGUUAGGUUACAGUGGUGGACUUCUUAUAUCAGACUGACGAUGGGGAGCAAGUAAAAUAAAGCUUACCAUGGGUCAGGAAGAUAAGAAGCUAAGAAUUGGCUCUGCUCGCUUCUUCUAUGGGCAAAAUGGUAGGCCCAUAUGCCACUACUUUGGAUGUCCUAUCUGAAGGAAACGAACAGAUUGUAGCCAUUUUAGAGCAACCACGGUGUAUGUAUUGUACAAAAUACAGUACAUAGAUGCAGAAUAAUGUGGUAUAACAGG